AUGCCCAUCCUGUUGCCCAGCCUGAAGGGCAGCUGCUUCGACCAUCCCCUGCACCAGGGGCUCCUCCAUGCCACCCGGCGCUGCAGCAGUCCUACCUCAGCUCUAAUGCCUAAGGUGUCAAAGAAGCCCAAGGUGCAUGCAGCCAGGGACAUGUUCCCCAUUGACUGGAGCCCGCCACCUGUAGAGUUCCUGAACCUGAGGGUACCGCCAGCAGGCAGGGGAACCCCAGGCCCGAGUGAUGGACACCCACACCUUGGUAAGCUGUUCACCUCUGGGGCCUCAGAGAGCUAUGUCAAUAGCUUAGACUACUUACUGCAGGAGAAGCGGGACCAGGCCCUGGAGCAGGAGCGAGAGCAGCUGCUUCUGCAGGACCGUCCCCAACUCAGCUUCCUGGAUCUGGAUGAAGAUGAAGUGCCUCUCACACCUGAGCACAGGAUGCUGGUGGAGAAGUUCUCCGUGUCACCGCAGGUCAUCCCGCUGGUGCACCCUGGGGAGACGGUGUUUCUACCCAGGCAUCAGCCCCUGCCCUGCAUCCUGGACCAUUCACAGCUCAAGCCACGGAGCCACCUGGAAGAACGGUUCCUCAGCUGCCCGCCCGCCCAGCAGCUCUCCUUCCUGCACAUGGGCCUCCUGAGCAACCUCUACUUGCACAUCCCCGACUGCCCAGUGGCCCUGCUCCGGUGGCUCUUCCAGCUGUUGACAUGGCCUCCAGAAACUUCUUCGGGAGCCUUCAGUCUCCUAUGGGAUCUCAGCGUGGAUGGGCUCUUCCAUCUGUCUGAUGGAGACAAGCAAUGGUGGUGCCCCUCGCUGCAAGAGGUCAUGGAAACAUUCCACAGCUUGGGAGCCCACAGCCCUGCGCUGGACCCCAGUCAGCCUGGUGGGAGAUCCAGCAGAGUGCUUAAAAACGACAUCAACCUGAGCUGGAGUCAGCAGCAGGACAGCCCGCCAGAGACUGCCUUGGACCUUAGCCUGAGCUACAUCUGUAAGUUCCUGGCACUGUGUGCCCUAGCCCAGCCAACGGCCUACACCGAUGGGGAGCUCUUGGGCCUGAUUGAGCUCCUGUGCCGAGCUGGCCUAGAUGUGGGGCUCCGCCUGCUACCCAAGACUGAUCUUCAGCAGCUUCUGCUUCUGCUCCUGGAGAACAUCCAUGAGUGGCCCGGGCAGCUCCAGCCGCUGUGCUGUACCCUGAGCAAGGUGUCAGAUCACCACCACAACCUGCUGGCUCUCGUGCAGUUCUUCAUGGACGUGACCUCUCGGAGCAGGAGAGCAGGUCCCUUAGUGGAGUCACUGCCUUAUCUCCCAGCAUCUAGAAUAGUACCUGAUGUGCUCUUGGCAGUCUGUUCAUCCUUUUCAAAUGAAUGA